AUGAGUUCCGUGAAGACAAUUGCUACACAUAAUGGCGCGUUCCAUGCGGACGAAGCUCUUGCCGUUUAUAUGCUUCGUAAUUUAGACACCUAUCGUAACGCCAAAGUGGUUCGUUCUCGUGAUCCCCAACUCUUAGACAGUUGCGAUAUUGUUGUGGACGUCGGCGGAAAAUAUGACGGUAUCAAGUAUUUUGAUCAUCAUCAACGUGAAUUCAGUGAUACUUUGUCUUCCAAGUACAAAACCCGCCUUUCUAGUGCUGGUUUGGUGUACAAACACUUUGGUAAAGAGGUGAUCACCUCUGUCUUGGUGGGCAAGCAAUUAUCUCAAAAAGACUUGGACAUCUUGUAUGAAAAAAUCUACACUUCUUUUAUUGAAGGUCUGGAUGCAAAUGAUAAUGGUAUUUCACCUUUCCCUGCUGACUUGACUCCUACGUUCAAAGCUGCCAUGAGUCUUCCAGAAAUGGUGUCCACUUACAUCCCCUCUUGGAAUUCUGAAAAACAAGACGAAGAGGCAUUCUUGGAAUGUUUCCAGAAGGCCUCAGAGUUCAUCGGUAGCUGGUUUGUUCGUACUGUAAACGACUACGCUUCUUCUUGGUUGCCCGCAAAAACUUUGGCGCGUGAAGCCGUUCUCGAGGCAAAGGAUUCUCCUAUUUUGAUUAUGGGCAAAUUCUUUCCUUGGAAGAGUCAUCUCUAUGACAUUGAAAAAGAACUCAAUAUAGAGGGACAAUUUAAGUAUGCUAUUUAUUCAGACGGAAAAGGUUGGCGCGUUCAAGCUGUCGCUAUCGGUCCUACUUCAUUCACUUCUCGUCUCGCUCUCCCCGAACCCUGGAGAGGAAUUCGUGAUGAAAACCUUUCUAGAUUAACCGGAAUUCCCAAUUGUAUUUUUGUUCACGCAUCGGGUUUCAUUGGAGGAAAUGCUACUUAUGAAGGAGCUUUAGAAAUGGCUAAACGUGCAUUAACUUUUUAA